AGAGCGACCGCGUCGUAAACCGUUACAGUGUGCUCGAUUCAUCUGGCGACUGGUUCACCGGUGGCCAGUAAAAGCGGCGCGGGAGAUGACCGCGCGCAGUCAAUACCAAGGAGGUGCUCCGGCUGCACGCACCAUGCUACUCAUCCUCGCUUUCCUUGCCCUUGCGGCCGCUGCGCCCGCGACGUACGACCAGAGGCAAGAGGGCGAAGUCAAUGUGCAAGCGGACGUUCAAAACGUCGUUUUUCUCGUUGCUAUACCGCAAAAAAUUCCCAACAGCCUAUUAGAUCUAAGUUGGUUAAAGAGCGCGAAACAGAACCCAAAUGAUGAUAUCCAAGAGAGGGCUGACGUUCAUGUAAUGGAAGCAUUCGUGGAGCCGAGUGAGCCGUAUCGGGUGGAGAUUGGCUCAGAAGGGGUGCGCCGAGCGGAGGGCGAUGGACGCAAUGCUGGCGCAGACGUCGUAAUUGCUGGUCGGAGGAGGUUGGAGACCGAAGCCCCUGAAAAGGUUGAAUACCAGCUAAUUGGUGCGACAGAACAGUGCGGUCCCGACCGUGAGAGAGAUCCUGUAACCCUCAUCUGCCGCUUCCGCUCCGACGUGUCUCCGUCAGACGCGCCUGAAGUAGUCCCUGUGCCCUCGUAACAAUUUGAUCUCUCGUCCCUUGAUUAGAAAUUCCUGCUAUUUAUUUGUGCCUGAACAACCUACUGUGUAAUUUAUUUGUAAAUUAAUUUAAAUUUAAGUAAAAAAUUAUAGUUU